CGUUGUGUGCAACAUGGCGUCGGGUUCCGAAGUCGCUGUCGGCGCGCCCGCCGACCACAACAGUGGCGCCCAGAGAACGACGGCAUCUGAGAAGUGCGGCUCGGACCCGGCCACAGAGGACUCGUCCGAGAGCGACGGCGACGCCGAACCGGCCAAAGCAUUCCACCGCCGGAUUUCCACCUCCAAGGCGAUCAAAAACGGGGUCUGCGUCAAGGAAGGCAGCCUGCUGAAACAAACAAGUUCAUUCCAAAGGUGGAAAAAAAGGUAUUUUCGGCUCAAGCCACGGAAACUCUACUAUGCAAAAGACAGCAAGUCUGUGAUUUUCGAGGAGAUUGAUCUCACUGAGCUCAGCGUAGCGGAGUGUAGUACAAAGAAUGCAAACCACAGUUUCCAGAUCAUCACACCAUUCCGGAGGCUUAUUCUCUGCGCCGAGACGAGAAAAGAAAUGGAAGACUGGAUCUCAGCCCUGAAGAGUGUGUGCAACAAGGAUUUUUACGAGGGAACGGAACACCAGCAGGAUUUUCUAUCGGGACAGCACAACUGGUAUGUCACAUCGCACGCCCGACCCACCUACUGCAAUGUCUGCAAGGAGGCACUCUCUGGGGUCACUUCACACGGACUCUCUUGCGAAGUGUGCAAGUUCAAGGCCCACAAGAGGUGUGCGGUCAAGUCCCCGAGCAACUGCAAAUGGACGACACUGGCUUCAGUCGGCAAGGACAUCAUUGAGGACGAAGACGGAACCCUCACCAUGCCUCACCAGUGGAUGGAGGGCAACCUGCCAGUGAGUGCCAAGUGCAAUGUGUGCGACCGCACCUGCGGCAGCGUCCUCAGGCUGCAGGACUGGAGGUGUCUCUGGUGCCGAGCCACGACGCACGCGGCGUGCCGGUCCCAGCACCCCGUGCAGUGUCCGCUGGGGGUGUGUCGGACGUCCAUCGUGCCCCCAACGGCGCUGCACAGCACCGGGGGAGGCUCGGAGGAGCCCUGGGAGGCGGUGCUGCCUGCGCGUCGGGGCAGUGGGGGCGGGAGCCAGGGUGUGGCGCAGCCUGGGGGGCAGCCACCGCCCGGGGCCGUGGGCAGCACUCCACUGCUGGUCUUCGUCAACUCCAAGUCCGGCAACAAUCAGGGGGUGCGAUUCAUCCGCCGCUUCAAGCAGCUCCUCAACCCGGCGCAAGUGUUCGACCUCAUGAACGGCGGGCCCGGGCUGGGCCUGCGGAUGUUCCGGGCCUUCGUGCCCCUGCGGGUGCUGGUGUGUGCGGGGGACGGCAGCGUGAGCUGGGUGCUGAGCGAGAUGGACCGGCUAGCCCUGCACCGGCAGUGCCAGACCGGGGUGCUGCCCCUGGGUACGGGCAACGACCUGGCCCGGGUCCUGGGCUGGGGCUCCGUCUGUGACGACGAUGCGCAGCUGCCCCAGCUGCUCGAAAAGUAUGCACGGGCCACCCCGAGGUUGCUUGACCGAUGGAGUAUCAUGACGUAUGAAGGGACCAUGCCUCAGCCUUCCAGGAAGCUUUCCACACCAUUUGAUGCAAUCAGCGUCUACGAGGAUUCCGUGGUGGCACAUCUUUCACAAAUACUCCACUCGGACCAGCACUCGGUAGUCAUCUCAUCAGCCAAGGUCCUGUGCGAGACCGUGAAAGACUUCAUCGCCAAGGUGGGUGCCGCGGACAUGCGGGGUCGUGCCGAAGGAGACAAGGACUCCAUUUCUCACAAGUGCAAAGUGCUCAACGAAAAGCUGGAUUCCCUGCUGAAGACGCUCAAGGAAGAGUCUCUGGCCACAGAGCAGGCGGGACCCAAGGAAGCGAGGUCCUCGUCCUCCGAGAUGCACAGCGGAGCGGCCAAAGACGCAGGGACGGAGAAAGGGGAUCCAAAGGCAGGAUCUGUGAAAACCCCGACGGCAACUUUCAUUCAGAAGGAGGCUCUCAUGUUGAGGGCCAACAGUCUCAAGAAGGCAGUGAGGCAGAUCAUCGAGCACACGGAAAGAGCUGUGGAUGAGCAGAAUGCCCAGACCAAGGUGCGAGAGGAGCAGAGCGAGGAGGAACGGAGCGUCUCUGACCAGCGGAACAUGGAAGACUUCUCUUUCUGGCCGGGGGAGUACGGCCAGGGCGCGGCGGCAACGCUCGGGGACCAGGGGCCGGGCCCCAUGAUGGUGACGGUCACGGAGCCUCCAGAAGAGCAACCGGGAGCGGAGCAGCCGGCUCCACCGCCGGAGCAGCAGCUCUCAUUGCUCACAGCCAGCCUCCGCGAGGCCGAGUCCACGGGGCAGUGCUGGGAUCCGUGGGGGAUCGCCAUGGGCCAGAGCGUGGGAGCCUCCCUCAAAGACACACUCCAGGUGACGCUGGCGACGAUCGAAGGGGGCCUGAGCGUGGACAGCUCCCCGUGCCCGUCGCCCCGGUCGAUGGCCAUGACCCCGUCGCCGACCCCGUCCCCCUGCAGCUUGUCCCCGCUGCCCGACACCCCGGGGCAGACCCCGUCCCCCGUCCCGCCCCAUCACCCGUGCACCCUGGCCCUGACCCCGACCACGGAGGAGGACGACGAGGAGCGGUCGUGGAACCCGCCGAAACCACCGCCACGCAAGCACAAGGGAGAGGCGGCGUGCCAGUCUCCGACGGGGUCCCGCCGCAUCAGCAGCGGGAGCACGCUGAAACACCUCGGGGUGGCGAUCCCGCUGAUGCGGGGGGACCGAAGCCCCACGGAGGAGGGCCCCCCCUGCGAGCCCCUCCGGCAGCCCCUGCAGCGCAGCUUCCCCAUCAUCAACCCACUGGCCUCGCUGCCCAUGUGGCCCAACCUGAACAAGGAGAGCCUGGUGGGCAAGGUGCUGCUGGCCAACGCGGACGCCCUCUGCGCCGCCGCCUCUCCGCUCAUGGACGUCGAGGAGGUCUCCCUGGAUGGCUUUGAAGAGAAGUGCGUGAUGAACAACUACUUUGGCAUUGGCCUGGAUGCCAAGAUCACGCUCGAGUUCCACAACAAGCGGGAGGAGCAUCCGGAGAAGUGCAGGUCCCGCACCAAGAACAUGAUGUGGUUUGGGGUGCUGGGUGGCAAAGAGCUCCUGCAGAGGACCUACAAGAACCUGGAGCAGCGGGUGCAGCUAGAGUGCGACGGGCACCGCAUCGCACUGCCUUCCCUGCAGGGCAUCGUGGUGCUCAACAUUCCCAGUUACGGGGGAGGCUCCAACUUCUGGGGCGGAAACAAGGAAGAUGACGCCUUUUAUGCACCCGCCAUCGACGACAAGAUCCUGGAAGUAGUUGCCGUCUUUGGCACUGUACAAAUGGCCGCAUCGCGAGUGAUCAACCUACAGCACCAUCGCAUCGCCCAGUGCCGGUCAGUGCGCAUCACCAUCACGGGCGACGAGGGGGUCCCGGUGCAAGUGGAUGGGGAGGCCUGGGUCCAGCCGCCAGGGUACAUCUGCAUCGUACACAAGAACCGCGCCCAAACCCUCUGCCGCAACAGGUGCGAGUCGAGCAUCAAGCUCUGGCAGGAGCGCCCGCGCCACUUCACCCCCGGGAAGCAUCACCAUCACCACCAGCACAGUCACCAGCACAGGGGCUCCCUCACCGAGGAAGAAGCACAGCAGCUGACGGGAUUUGUCGAGCUGGCCACUUCCCUCGUCCGCACGAUCAAGGUGGCGUCGACCUCUCACCCUGUCGUUGAGCACGAACUGUUCCUGGCCGCCUCGCAGGCGGGAUCGGCCGUAGAUCGGCUCUUCCCAGGUGGACGCAUGGCUGCUGGGACGCAGGUGCGGCAGCAAGUCUGCGACCUUGUGGCAAGUGUGCGACAGCUCUGCCAGGAGACCAAGAUCUUCAUCUCGGAGAAGCUGGAGGAAGCGAAACUGCGUCCCGACUUGGAAGAGAAGCUGGUGUCAGGGACCAAUGCCCUGGAGGAGGAACUGCGCAAGUGCUUCGACCUCCAGGGACCGACCGGAGACGACGAGCAGGAGCACAAGCGGCCGCGAAGCCUGUUCAAGCUCAAGUUCAAGCGCACCAAGGCGACGACCAGCCAGCCUGUGAAGACGGAGCCGUCAUCGUCCAUCAGCAGCAGCGGGGGCGGGACCACGGACGACGGGUCGGGAGGGCUCCUGCCGCAUUGCCGGGGCGGCGGGUCGCGCUGCAACACGCCCACGUCGGUCGAGGGGUCGCCGGACAAGGGGGCGGCCGUCACCCACUGGACAGCGGAAGAGGUGGCCGCCUGGCUGGCCGAGAUCCACAUGCGGGAGUACCGGGACAACUUCCUCCGGCACGACAUCAGGGGCGCGGAGCUGCUCAGCCUCGAGAGGAGGGAUCUCAAGGAGCUGGGGCUCACCAAGGUGGGGCACAUCAAGCGAAUCCUGCAGGCCAUAGCAGACAUGAGGCUGUCCACCUCUUCUCCUGGCGCCCACGCCCACAGCACAGCCAAGAAGUAACUCGCCGCCGAACAUGACCAGUACUCCCGCAAGCCCGGAGGAGACGGCCCUGGGUGAAAAACAACGGCACGCCGAAGGACACCGGCCGCCAAUUCGCUGCCGCUCGAGUCCACCACGACAAUCUACGGCAGGCCUUCGAGCUUCGCAAAGUCGGCUUUGCGAGAAACAUAUCAGGGAACGACGCUUUUGUUGUUUUACAUAGUUUGUCACGACGCGAACGGAACACCGCGACUGGCCGAGAGACGCAAGAUGGUGUCUCAAGGAAUUCGUUUACAUUGAGGAGAGCUAAAACUCUCUAGUCGCCGGACAAGAACGACGUCUCCUCUAGAUGCUCAGACUCCGGCACGCACCUGUUGCCUUCCUCCGUGCUUCGGCGAAUCUCAUGGGACACCGAAGCACUGUGGAAGGUGCUCGCACCGGAGACGGGACAACUGGAGGGCUACCCCGCCGUUCCAGUCCUGUCGGCGACGCGUGACCUUUUUCGGGUGUAGGCACCGCGACCGUGUGUCCUCACCCGAAAAAGUUCUACCUGCACGUCACUUUAUUUUUAAUUUCGGGAGUGGAGUAGGCAAAGCGAAAAUGCAGAGUACAUAAGCCUUUCUGGAGCACACUCUCAAAACUCUGACUGAAUUGACGCACCCCUCUCUCUUCCAAAUAUUGUCGGGAUUAUCUCGUUUUCGUGUGGGCGCUGGCGUUGUAGGCAGUUUGGAGCAACCAAGAUCGGGCACAAAGACAAACCACAAAGCGAUAUAGUACCGAUACGGAUGUGUUUCAUUCAGAUAGCGAGAAAAAGUACUGUUUACCCAGCCUACCCGACAGUAACGGUGCGCUCACUACCAGAUUGUAUCGUCGAAAACAAAGCUGGAUACAAAACCAUUGGAUUUACGAUCUAGUCUUUAAAAUUUGUUUCUAGUAGUAUGGCCAAAUGGCCACUGCUUGACUUCUUCUAUGGUGCAGAAUAAUUGUUCGGCAUGGGACUACUUCACUGCUUCAAUUGACAGUCGAUAGACAAGGGGUGCAUUCUCCAGUCAUUGAUGUAGUUUUGACCUUGUACAAAUUUAGGAGCAGUUUGGAAUUAUCUCUAAACCUGGGUCUUUGUGCCAGCUCGCUGGAUUUUGCCUCUUAGGCUCGUAGGGCUCGAGAAUUCUAAUCGUUCAGCAGUAAAAUUCUUUCCGCGUGCAAGAUGAUCUUGUAUGGUCUAGAUCAGUGGUUCCCAAAUGGGGGUUUGCAGACCCUUUGGGGUCCAUGGAGGCAUUCCAGGGUCCGUGAAGCCCUGCGUAAUAAGUCAAACCCGGCAAUAAAAGAGUUGUUUUUUCAGAUUAAGAAAAAAUGUUCCAAUUAUCUGGUGAGUUUUCUCGUGUGUAUGUCAAUUGGAGAAGUCUUUUUCACACUAGCCCUUAGUUACAUCCAUUUAUUAAAUUAUUAUAACAUUUAACCUAUACCUAGCUUCCCUUCCCUUCAUCACAAACGUGGUCCUCCAUCAUCUCCGCCGCCCCACAAGGGGUCCGCAAGACCUCAAUGGUUGAGAACCACUGGUCUAGAUAAGGUUGGCACGAAGACAUUCUACUCUGCGAAUGUCCCCUGUGUCGUCAUCCAGUGCUUGCUGGAUGUCAUGGUGCUCCACUUUGCCCAGACAGCGUUUUCUGAAACAUUGCUCGCAAAAGCUGCAAGAGUGCCAAAACGGGGCCAACAUUCUCGAACAUUCCGCCAACUUCUGCAUUGCUGGCGCACGACGCCGAAACCAUAUGCCAACUUUAUCACUCAUCAAAACAGUCGCAUCGCUUGCACUAGAUUUGCAAUGCCAGUCAUACAUAGUCCACGCAAGGGCAGGUGCAGACAUUGGUGGGACCGCGUUUUCUUCCCCGGAAAUCCAGCUUUGCCAUAUGCGGCCAUUAAUGGAUGCUCCCAUUUCCCACUUUUUUUGUCCGUCGUAUCCUCUUUUUCUCGAGCAUUCAUAUAUAGGCGGGCGGCUAGACAUCAUUUCCCCCUUUUUUUUUUUCUUCUAGUUGUAUCUUACUUGCUCCCCAUUUUUGCUUUUAGGUGCUACAUAGUCAGAAUUUUGCAGUUCUCAUUGUGACAGAAUUUGAUAGAAUUGUGGUUGUUAAGGCAAGUUGGAGCAUCAUGGUGUUGCACGACACUACCGUAGGACUCUAACCCGAGGACGACCAAGUACUUUUCAAGCGGGGGAGGGAACGUUUGCGGCAGCCGUUCUGCAAGUCCGCUCCCGUAGCCUGACCCAGCGCAUCGUGUUUGAAAAGCAAGUUAGAUCAAAGCAGGGUUAGAGACUUAUGGAUGCUAGGUGAGCCAAGCAGCCAGAAGACUCGAAAUAUGCUUUUGUUCAUCCGAGGCACUUAGGCGAUCAAACUUCUUACCUAUGGUACAAAUGUCAUGCACUUUGGCAACGCAUACUCUCGUAGCAGAGCAGAUUAAGACGCUGACGUAGCUGCACGCACGACUUUUCUCAAGGCGAUGUGCAUCCUACGGAGGCAGGCAGACGCGUAUUGGAAAGAAUUGGUGCGGUUCUUUGGCAAUUACCUCGGAAAACCAGUGCCUUUUCCUUGAAACGAGGGCGUUCCUCGGCCAACUGUUUUUUUUUUUCUUUUACCGGAUUGACGAUUGUUAUGUAGUUGGUAGAUUGAUCAAAGGCCUCUGCGCCGGCUCUUCUGUUGACAGUAUUCAAUAGGUGAGGCUAUUCUGGCUUUUAGCAAGACGGUAGAAUAGCUUUGCGUGGUGAUGGUCGGGAAAUUUGUUGUGGCUUUUCCGGCCUCCUAUUAGCCUUUGCACACAGAAACAUUUGGUGUCGCCCGAAACAUCCUGCCCCCUCUCUCUUAUCCGGACGAUGCUGUUCAAUGUCUGCAAUACUAAUUAACGACAAUCAGCAUUGCUCUUGCGUCGCUUGGAACUGGUUUAAUUAUCUGACCGCGCGGUAGUUGUUAGAGAGCGGCGCUCCUCAACCCGCAUUACAACCGGAAUGCGAGUCUCUUCGCAGAUCGAACAAAGCUAAAGCCACCUCCUGGCAAAGUCACUUGCAAUACCAGACAUGUAACGUGAAUCUAGGCAAAGCACAAUAAUCAGCAUUUACGGACAUUGGGAAGCGAGCCGAUCGGAAAGUUACGCUCGCGAGAGGUGUCCUUGCAGUUCAUCUUUCGUAUAACUUCGGGUUGCUUAGUAUCGGCAAAUCCUCGUUUUCUAGUCGAGUUCUUGAUAAGCAUUGCAGUCUAGCUUGACCACAACAUAUUUCAUCCGGCUCGACGGAAUGUGAGGGGAAAAAAAAACGGUGUAUGUCCGAGUCUACCUAAACGAGGUUCCGGUCGUAAGCACGCACGUGCGUACAGUCCCGACGUCUCUCCAUGCCAAUCCCUAUGCAAUCUGCACGGCAGCCUUCAAUCUAAAGCUGGUACUAUUGGAACAUAAAGCUCCCUUCCCCCGUUCCGACAUAUAUAUACUCAUACUUUUUUCUCCUCCGCGUUCUGCAAGCCGUUUCAUGACACAUCAUUGACUCUGAGUAGCACACACUUUCUUUCGGGAGAGCAACAGGUGUUGUGGUGCCAAGCUAAUGAAACCACCGUACUCUCCCCAGUUACAAAACAGCAAUUGAGCGUCCCGCAGUGUUUUUUCACCACUUUGAUGUGGCCUCCCCGACUCCCUGUCAAGCUUGGGCGCUUCCUAGCUCGCUUGUGGGCAGCCCUAUUCUUGUAAUCAUGUUUCAACAUUCGGCGUUGCCACACGUCUUUCUGGGGACGCUGGCGCGUCUGUUGGGAAGUUGUGAGCACCCGACCGUUUGUACCGCACUCUUUUCUAGCCACGUGCCUUGUACAUGUACUUACUCUAAAAGCGUUGUUCGUCGUAUGCACUGCAUAGACUUUUUUUGCCGUGCAUUUAGUGAUGUGCCGAUUGGUGUUCCUUUCCAAUGUUUCCCAGCAUUUGUACUCUUUUUUGGGUGCAACUUUUCCCGGGCCGAAAACCCUUACAGUUUUCACGGGCCUGUCACGCGUAUAACCUUAUUCCUCAUUUCCGUGUUGUGUCCGGUACCCGUACAUUUUACCUUUCAUGGAGCCAUAUCUCAGUUCAGCUGGAGACCCCAUUCAACUGUCAUUUUGGCGGUUUGGCUGAAAGUUUUAACUUGACCAAAGAUUUCGUGUUCAGCUGAAAGCUUCACAUUGCAUAAUGGCACCCUGCUACGACUAAGAUUCACAGGCAAACAGAAGGCAGAGUUCUUGUUUGAACUGGCGUUUGCGUGGAAUUCGUAGAUGAUCAGGUCGGAUUAAGACCGGCACACAAACGCCAGCCUGUCUGACUGAAACUUUCGACCAAAUCGAGACCUAAACCGUAUUGAGAUGCUCCUCAUUAAUUUUUUCUUUCAGGUGCACUCACCUCCUUGGUGCUUGCCAAGUAGCUUUGUGUUGCACAGGCACAUCAAUGCAGCAGCAUCACUUUAGGAAACACCUUUUUGAAUGCAGCCCUUUCGAGAACCGUGUCAACGCAUGUGCACAUGUUCCACAGAAGCACACUUAUGCACAUUUCCAACCACACUCGUGUCUGUUCAUAACAUUGCUGUUGUUGCAUUUUUCUUUCUUUUCGGUGUUGUGCAUACAGGUUGCAUGCAACUACUUGACAAACCCCACAGGUGUGGGACGUCGAGCCACCAGCGAUAUGUUUACGGCACGUUGGUGGUUGCCUAACUGUUUGUCUUACUUACUGGGCAGCUUGCCUUUAAAGCUGCCCUCUGUAUAGGUGCUUCCUUGGAUCCGGAAGGUCGGCAAAGAAUCUUUGGCGAAAAGAAUGCUCGUGGCCGACCCGCUCGAUCAUUUGAAGUAUGUACGAAGUACAUUAGGCGCACGCUGCAGGGAUGUACAGCUGGUAACGUAUACCGUCGUAUGCCUGUCCCGCGGACUUCUGGAGCAAUGAUGGCUUUUACGCCGAUGUCGGUGGUACUACUUAAUAGGAAAGCGGACGAGAAACGGAAAGCCGCAGCAGUGGAACCGGUUUCGGAAAAAAAGUUGCAAGGGCUGGGGCCUUUCCUUUUUUUUGGUGCCCCUCCAUUCGUGCUGCUUGCGACAACAUGUUUUACAAUUUAUAUGCGUAUUAUAUACAAGCUGUAGAGCGUAGUUGCGACCCAAAGCGCCAAGGUGUCAACAAAGAAAAACUAAAAAAACUGUGCAUAUUGAGACCACCGUGCCUGAGACGACAGGGGGCCAGGCAGAAGGGGCAAACGGGAAAAGGAAGUUUGACUCGCAAGGAGCCGACAAAACUGACGGCACUCUUUGUUAUUUUUCGGAAAGCGGCCAACGACUCUCUGCGCGCCUUCGACUUUGGGACGAGCAAACUCUGGGCAGUUACUGCACCCCCUUUUGAGUGUUGUCGUCGGACGAGCUUUCCGCGUCCCGUGUGGUGAAGUGUUUCGAAGCACCGACCCUUCCCCUUGUAACCAAACCAAAUGGCGCCUCAAGUUGCGAGAAGUGUAAAAAAACAAAAAACUAUUCUUUGCAACUGCACUGCAUGAAAGAAAAAACUCCCCUCAAGUUUUUUGUUUUUUUGUUUUUUGUACACACACUUGUAAAUAUUGUUCUUAUACAUAUUGAUUAUGUUCAUUUUACCCUGUUUUUAGUGGCAAUAAACUGCGUGCUUCGA